AAUUUCAUGCGAGUGCUUCGGUUGGCUCGAUUUGAUCGAAGAACAAUGUGUUUUUGUGGCGGCUUGAAUUUAUUUUUCUUAUCGCCGGCUGAUAUUGUCAUCAAAUCUUCUUUCUACGCAAUCUUGGUUUCCAUUAAUAGGAUUUUGCAUUUAAAGACGGUUUUGAACCUUGCUUUAAUUACAGAAUUUCAAACGAGAAGGAUAGUUCUUGUCUGGGAAUUUUGGGUGUAAGUUUUCCUUUGGGGUAGUGUUGCUUUUUUGUUGAUUUCCUCGAGGUUUUAGCCAUCUCUUAUGUCUUAGUUAUCCUUGCUUGGUAUUUCGUUGUUGGUUCCUUUUGGUAUAUGUAUCUUGUUUCUCAUCGUGUUUGUGAGAUCUACCUUAGCUGAAUGAUUUCUUUUCCAUUGACGAACUUUUGGCAAUUUGUUCUUGAGCAAUUGUGUUUAUGGGCUUCUCUGACUUAUUGAAUUUGCUAUUCUCGGUGGGUGUUUGGUGUUCUGCAUAUAUUGUUGCUGCAGUUAUUGCAUCAUUGCGGAUCAUCUGCUGUCUUUGUCUGCUUUAAACUUGUGAGACAACUUGUAAGCUACCAUGGGAUAUGCACAACUAGUUAUUGGUCCUGCCGGCAGUGGCAAGUCAACUUACUGCUCUAGCUUGCACCAACACUGCAAGACGGUUGGCCGAACUAUGCAUGUUGUGAAUCUUGACCCUGCUGCCGAACAUUUUGACUAUCCUGUAGCCAUGGAUAUUAGGGAGCUCGUUUCAUUGGAUGACGUUAUGGAGGAGCUUGGACUUGGUCCUAAUGGUGGCCUUCUAUACUGCAUGGAACAUCUUGAAGAAAAUCUAGAUGAUUGGUUGACAGAAGAAUUGGAUAACUACAUGGAUGAUGACUACUUAGUCUUUGACUGCCCAGGUCAGAUAGAGCUCUUUUCCCAUGUUCCUGUUCUUAAGAACUUUGUGGAGCAUUUAAGGCGAAAAAAUUUCAAUGUCUGUGCUGUGUAUUUGCUUGAUUCUCAGUUCAUGACAGACAUCACAAAGUUUAUUAGUGGUUGUAUGGCAUCUCUUUCAGCAAUGGUUCAACUUGAAUUGCCACAUAUUAACAUCCUCUCCAAAAUGGAUCUUGUGACCAACAAAAAGGAUAUUGAAGACUUCUUAAAUCCGGAGCCUCGAGUUUUGUUGUCAGAGUUGAAUCAACGUAUGGCUCCACAAUUUUCAAAGCUAAAUAAAGCUCUUAUUGAACUGGUGGACGAAUAUAACAUGGUGAGUUUUGUGCCACUUGACUUGAGGAAAGAAAGCAGUUCCAUAGUCCUCGAACAAAUGAUCGGAAAUAUAACGACACAACAGGAAGAUCUUAUUCUUUUCUCCUGGCUUUAUACUUCGGCUUUGAGAUGUUGCAGUUCAUUUGAAUUGGGUUUACUGUUGCAUUGACUUGUCUUUGAAGGCCAAGCCUGAUAUGAAUCGUUUGUUUGAACAGUAUAAGAUACGUGUUGGCUCAAAUAGAUAUCUGCAUUCAAUACGGUGAAGAUGCAGAUGUGAAGAUUAAGGAUAUUGAUCCAGAGGAUGAUGAUUAAAUUCCACUUCCUUUUCCAUUGAACUCUUAAGAUAGGAUGUUCUUUUUGGGGUCUCUUUGAUACUUUGUAUGAACUUCACCAAGAUCAAAUCAGAGUUUGAAUCUU